AAGCGGAACUACAACUCCCGGCGGCCACCGCGCUGACGCUGCCGCCGCCGCCGCCGCCAUCUUGAGCCGGGGAUGGACUUUGAGGCGGGACAUGGAGGCCCCGGGUUCGUGGGGAUCCGGUUCUGUCAGGAAUGCAACAACAUGUUGUACCCAAAGGAGGACAAGGAGAACAGAAUCCUGCUUUAUGCGUGUCGAAACUGUGACUACCAACAAGAAGCCGAUAAUAGCUGCAUCUACGUCAAUAAAAUCACACAUGAAGUCGAUGAACUGACGCAAAUCAUCGCAGAUGUGGCUCAGGACCCGACGCUGCCCCGGACUGAGGAUCAUCCCUGUCCGAAGUGUGGACACAAGGAGGCCGUGUUCUUCCAGUCUCACAGCGCCAAAGCUGAGGAUGCGAUGCGACUGUACUACGUAUGCACGGCGCCGCACUGCGGUCAUCGCUGGACGGAGUGAGGACUCCCCACUGACCCCCCUCUGGCAAGGUGCCUGCCGUGCCCUUCCUUCACUGCCCCUGAGGUUCUUCAACAGGUCACUUCAGAGAUAACGUGGAAGUGACAGCAGAAAUAAAUAGUGCGGUAAAUAGUCUAUUAUUUUUUUAAAGCUCUGUUCCUAGUUUGUUUCUAAUUUUAUAAAUGAAAUAAAGUCUUGAAGUGUU